ACUAAACGUAUACUAAAAAUGAACAGGAAGCUGAUCUUAACUGUAUUAGUAAUUGGCAUAUUUGCUGAAAUGCACACUUAUGCGAACGGAGAGAAAGCAAAUGACACAGAAGUGAUUGCAAAAAUUGAUCAGGCUAUCAAAAAUCCACUCGGCCACUUCCAAAAUAAUAAAGAAUAUGAGGAUUUUGUCGAGCAAUUAGAAUUAAUUAAGAUUUUACCAGCAGAAAACGCCGACCAAAAGGAAAAAUUCUAUAAGAAUUUUCAAAAAUAUAAUAAUCGACGAUUGGAGCUAGAGCGUAACAUUGAAUGCCGUGCAAAGGAGCUCGAGAAAGAAAUACACACAUCUGCAAUAAGUGUUGAUUGCAUAAGAUUCUACUACAAUCAGAAAAUCAAAAUCGAAGCGGCAUUAACAGAUACCAACGCUCAGAAGGAAAGAAGCUUGCUUGAAAAUAGCGAGCCCUGCCCAGCCUCUGUAGUAGAUGUUGAUGAGAGCGACUCCUACUACGAUUCCUACUACGACGACUACGAUUACUAAUUCUGAUGACAUUAUCUGAAGAUUACAAUCUGAUAACGCAAUGAUUGGGCAUAUAUACA